CACCUACUUGAACCUUCUUCGUUAUUGCUAUGCCUCGUAUGUCACAUGUUAUUGAGGCCCGGUUAACCUUAAUUAAUGUAAGGUACCUAGCCUAGGUAAAAUCAGUUGAGAGAUCUUACAAGUUUGGAAGUAUUUCCGCGAAGAUCUAGAACAACGGUUGGUUAUCCACAUUGUAGCACCACCCAUUACUGCGCUAUUAAGUUAAAAUUUGAAUCGACAAGCAACUGCUCUCCAACCUCAUACACAUCAUUAUCUUUCCCUUCUUGUCUUAACGACUACAUACCCCCGUGAUUUACUCAACAACAAUCAUCCCCUCUACACCAAAAUGUCAACCUUCCCUAGAUCUCCACACUCCUUAUUCCCCCCAGUUCGACAACCUCAGCAGUACGAACCGCCGCCGCCAGUACCUCCAAGAAUAAUCCCACUCCACGAAAUUCCACGCAUACCGGACCGAGAAUCACCGUCCAGCGACUGGCUCCCCAUCUACAAUAAACGAAGCAACUACGACGAAACAGAAAUCGUACAUCUCAUUCAUGACAUCGUCCGAAAUUAUCUUCGCUUAUCAGCUGUUUCGGAGGAUGAAGUGAUUUGGCCUCCUACGGAAGGUGCUGGGCAUCUCCUUGAUAUCGAUGAGAUACUUUGCGAUGAGCUUCAUAUUUCCGAUAGCGUAAAAUCACUCAUUCGACGUUUACCUUCUCCGGCACGAGAUGCCCGCUCGCCGAUCUUUCUCUAUAAAUCUAGUCGGCUUUUCAAUAUUACGGAUCAGGAUAAUGGUGAUAGUUUGCGCAGGACUCGCGAGUCUCCUUUGUUUAAUAAAGAUAGGGAUCCUUCGGCUGAUAAUGAGCGCUACUUAAAACCUUAUGAAAUCCAGCUCUCUGGUGGGGAUAUAGAUGAUCUGGAGACACCUAUUUUAAUACUCGACACGAGAGAAAGUAAGUAAGCAAACAAGCACACGUGUAAUAUAAUAUAACAUAAUUACCUACCUACCUACCAAUGAAAAAUUCUCAUCUUCCCCCCCUAACAAGAUACUCGCCGGCUUGCUUACAUGUACCGACUUAGAUACCAUCCGAGUCGAAACCCGCACCACCAGCCCACCCGGUACACCCCCCGAACAACCCACCAAUCCUCCUUCCUACCACAACCCAAACCCAAACCAAAACCAAAACCAAAACCAAAACCAUUGGCCUAUAAACUCACACACCCACGCCCACGCCCCCAGUUUUCUACGCACACAAACACACCGAAUGAAAACCUUAGAUAUAAUACCCAUAAUACCACCUGGAAGACGAGUGGAAUAUGAAUCGCGCUGCUAUAUAGAUUUUACAGAAGAAUGGAUGGUGAGAUGGAAAUUUAUUUCAUUUAUUUCAUUUAUUUCAUUUAUUUCAUUUAUUUCAUUUACUUCAUUUACUUCAUUUUGAGAUCCCCGUUAUCUGCAAAAGAUAUAUAAAUAUAUAAAUAAAUACAUAAAACCUGACUAUCUAAUCAUCUACAACAUUAUCUAGCGACGGAAAAUGAAACUUUCUCUCGAGGGUACAUAUGGUUGGCCGGAUAAUUUUCAGCAAUCGGCAUGGGAUCGGGAUCGUGAGCGAGUUUGGGCGGAGGUUGAGGAAGAGUAUCGACGUUUGGGGAGACCGAGCGUGUUAAGGUGCUUGUAGUUUACUCUGUGGAGGGAGAAAAGGAAAGGGGAGGGAGGGGAGAUGGGGUGGGACGGGGGUUGAAAGACGUAUCAUCAAAUUAGGUGGAUUUUUAGAAAGAUGACAUGAAAUGAAUAUAAAUAUAUAACCUUAUUUUCUAU